GAAUUCUAAAUAUCUACACGUUCAACGCCCUGCUUCAGUUGUCAUCCAGAAUGGAACAGAUACUGUAUAUACGGUUGCUGUAGCUAGGUUUCCCGUGGGGUGGAAUGAUACUGCAUGUGUAGGCCCUAUAUUCUGCAGUCAUAAGUGAUAAUCAGUAGGCCUUUUCAGGCAAACUAAAGGAUUGUGAACUUGGACCACAAGAAGAAAUCUGAAGAGGAAUGGCGAUUUAAAAUAAUUGGAUUUAAAGCAUCCCCAUUGACUUGGAUGACGAAAUCUCUACAUCGAUCAUGCUCAAUUGGCAACGUUCACCUACUCGGAAUCACUCGGAAUGCUUGUUAAAUCAGACGGAGACCAAAGAAUAGCUGUAUUAGUCAGACAGGCUAUUUAUUAUUGACAUGUGAUUUGCAUAAUAAACACCCAAGCUCUUGUUCUUUUGUUACGUCGUAUUCCGUUCGUGACCGUUGAGCCGUGCUGCUCCCCGUUCCCAUCAUGCACCGCGAAGCUUUAGAGUGCGAAUAGAUUGUAUUGUAAAAAUUCUAAUUCGAGCUGAAGGUGAGCUCGCGAGGCAGUGUAUUGGGAAUAUACUAGUGCCUUGCAUAGCAUAGAUGUGGUACGUAUAUAUAGCGAAAUAAUCACUGGAAAUUCAUGAUGCUUGCAGGGGUGGGAAGGAGAGAGAUGUGAGGAUCUAUUUUAAGAACUUAACGUACUUUACUGGACCUACUCCGUACUCAGAGACGCAAGGAUGAUGAGGGGUGUCUUCAUUCUAACGAGGAUGAUGAUCAGAUGAUGAUGAUGCUGAGAAAUCAUCUGCCAUUACGGAUAUAAAUACACGUAAAGGGAUAUCGACGAUAGAAAAGUGGGCCAAUUAAUCAAGGAACAGUUAUCAAAGACAACAAAUUUAAGAAAAUCGUCAUAUAAUAAUUAUAUUCAUCCCGUGGAGGCCGGGAUUAUCAACUAUUAUUCAUCAAGGUGGCGAGACAGGAAUACGACUAUACCAGUAUGUCGAUUGCUGGGUUUUCUAUGGCCGAAUCGGUCUACUACGAAGAACCAUACUCACUUCCUGGACCAUGUAAGACAUGUUGUCUACGAUGUCCAAUACCAAACCUCACGUGUACCAUUAUGUUCCUGUUGGGUGUGGCUGGGUUCUGCGUGGGCGUGGUCCUGGCUACCGAUGAGACGGUCCAGAUCUUUCUCUGGAACAACACACUCAAAGAAACACUGUCAGAUUGGUUACUCUAUGUGAAGGUCGGUGUAGCCAUCGGGACUGCCGUCAUGGCAAUCCUCAGUGUGCUCUUCCUAGCUAUGGCUUACCUAGGCACAGGAGCGACUCGGAAGGAGUUCAUCUGCCGCUUCCGAACACGCGCCAAGGGACGAUGCCAAACUGCAGUGGUAAUGACAGUGUCUUACAUACUGCUUCUUAUCUGGCUUGUCAUACUGCUGAUUACGCUGAUCCCAACAUUCUUCUUUAGCGUGCAAGCUGCCGGUAUCUGUAGGUCGGCCAGGGACGGCGAACAGUUACAUCGGUAUUAUUACGAGUGUCUUGAUCUCAGGCAGUGGGGUUUAAUUGAUUACAACAAAGAUGCUGUGGAUUGGGCUGAUCCUAGACUGCCAGGAGAGGGCGAAGAGGACUACUUCAUGUGUGAUGAAGAUUUAGACUAUAUGUGCGACAGUGAUGUGCUUAUCUUCUAUGGCCUCACGCUUGCAUCUGCAAUCAUCGUGGUUAUCUCAUUGGUCCACUAUGUGCUUAACUUCUCUGCAAACUACGCCAAAUUGCGUGACCGUUUCAAGGAUGGUUACGUUGAUAAACGCACUGGUACAUACCUCCAGCGUACGACAAGUCUGCGUGGUAGCAAGCGAUCUUUGGCUGGUACCAAAGCAUCACUGCGAGGUAGCCGUGCCUCAGUUCGAAACCUUGGUGCGUCGGGAAUGUCCAACGGCGCCGUCCUGUCAACUACUUCCGGUUCAACGCUGAAGGGUGGGGCUUACAAGAACGACGGUCUCAAAUCCAGUCGUGAAGACCUCAACAUGCACGAGCUGAGACUUGCCAAUGGUGGAUAUUCUGCAAGUAACUACGCUGGUAGCAACUAUGGUGGUAGCAACUACACCGACAGCAACUAUGGCGGAAGUGUCCUGGGCAGUGGUUUGGUUGGGUCUACUUAUGGAGGUGGCGUUGGUGGUCAAGAAUACAAAGGACCGGCAGAAACCAUCGAUGAAAUCCCUGCUCUGAAGGAAGCCUACAUGGAGACCUUUGACAACGAAGGUCAAGAAUCGUACAACCAGCGGGACACAUUCCCAAGUCAGGUGUCCUAUGAAGCCAAUGUCCCUGUGGAUCCGUAUGUCUCUGCGAACAUUAACAACGGCGGGGGUUACGGAAAACCCGAUGCGUACGGGAAAAAGGAUGGAUAUGGCAAGCCGAAUGGCAUUGGAAACAAUAUGUCACAGAAUGCAGAUUCUUACAAUGAAGGUUACGGUUCUAAUCUGGACACUAACUGGGGGUAUACAGGUAAAGAAUAUGGCAGCAACAGGCCUCUUGGUUCCAAUGAUAAUGAGAGGGUCAUGCAUAGCAGCUAUAGCGGUAUCAACCAAGGAGCAUCGAAUAGAAACAGUCAAGGUAGUAGCGGUGCUGCAGGUGGGUUUGGUGAACCUUAUGUUACCCUUCAAUCAGAUGAUUCACCUCCAAGAGAUAAACAAGAGUACUUCAUCUGAUUCAGUUGAAUUCCUUGAACCAAGAAACAUUUAAAUGUGAAGCUGCAGGUUACAGGAAGGUUCUGGUAUGAAGUUUAGAUCGGUCGCCAAGUUAUCUCUUCUUCUUGCGGUGGAGCUACAUAGUUCUAUUCAAGGAUGAAUUUCAGUACCUCUGAAACCAUGACUAUCUUCAUACCAUGAGCAAUCCCUCUUUUUUUUAAUUCGGAAAAAAGUAAUUUUCAAACCACUUUUUAUCAAGAUGUAGUCGUGUAGUUAUGUGCAACAUUUUGUCUCUACUUUUACAUUUUUUUUUCUUUCAUAGAAAGAUUUUAUUCAAAAUCAAACACGAAAUCAAUUCAAUUUACAGAAAAUCAUGAAGCGAACAUGUUUACAACAACUGUACAUGCGUACUAUUAUCUAUUGAUAUAACAAAAUUAUGAUGUUUUUGACUAAGAACCCUUUCAAUUUCACAAUAGCGUUUCAAUACGUUCUUAAAAGAACUAAAACACAACCGAUCUCCCUUGCAACGCGUCGAAAAAAUAAAAUAUUUAGCGUAAAGAAUAUAACGGUUUACAGUAGAGUAUUGAGCGUCUACUUUUACAUUGUCGUUUGUGAUUUGCAACAAAUUAGUUUGAUGUAAACAUGUUUAAUAUUGUUGCAAAUAAUUACAUAUUGAUAAGAAAGAUACCUUGAAAUCUGUCUCACUUCAGGGCAGUUUAAUAAUGAUUUCAACAUUGUAAUUUUGACAUAUUUCAUGUACUGCUUUUAUCAUUGCCAAUGGUUUUUACUCGAGAUGAUAAUUCAAACAUCUGCAGUUGUAAAUAAACAAUGGUGUAAUGCUAGCAGUGACAUGAUUUGUCCAUAUUAAAUUCAGGAAGUUGCGUCACGAUAGCCAUCAAUUGUCUUUCUUCUGACUGUAAUAUAAUAUUCAAGUUUCAUUGGAGUCCAUGGAAAGAAAUUCAUCAAUACCUUAUUUGAUUUAUUUAAUGUCAAGUGCCUAAUUCAUUGAGACAUGAACAUUGCCAAACAUAUUGAUACGCAGAUAUUUUCUGAAUUAUGUAAUUUUUAAAAUGUAUUCUCUCUCCAAACGGGAAUGGACUUUAUGAUCUAUUUUACAGGUACACAUGUAUUCUCCUAAUUAAUCAAUGACAUUAUGUCAUUAUAAUGUAUUCAUUAAGUAAAAUAUUUAUUGAUUUGAAGAGAUAAAAGGUUAUUAGUUAAUGUACAUAUGUUUGAGGUAACGGUGCAAAAAUGCCUAUGCAUUGGGACAACGUUUAUAAUCGUUAUUAAAUGUUUUCCAAUUUACAACUAUAAGGGGAGUCUUAUCAAUUCCACUGAACCGUUGUUUUAAGUCUGUAUGACUGUUGGUUUACGAGAUGAUUAUCUACUUUAACUAAAUGUGAAAUGUUGUAUAAGUUGUUUUCAAUUUGAAAAUUAUUCACUCGCUAUAUUUAUUGCAGUAUUCUUGACAUGUGUAAUAUAAUAAUGCUGUAUAUUAAAGCUUGAAUGUCCAGCCGACUUUCAUGGUUUCUGCUUAAAGCUAAGAUGUCAAUCUUCAUCUUCAUCUUAAAUAUCUGUGUAAAUGAACUGUUUUGCAGUGUGUUUGUUUCUGUCAUAUCAUUUCUGUAUAAAGUGCGAAACGGUAUUGUGUUUUAACUGCAUUAUUACGUCAUAUGCAGAGGACAUUCCAAAGAUUACUGUUAAAAGCAUUUUGUAUUGAAUUAUCUGUUUAAUAUCAACAUAAUAUAGAUUGGUCUUCUUAUCAGAAUAGUGAGAAAAUGAUGAGGAGUAUGAUAAAAAAGAAGGAACAUUAUCAAGUAAUGUACCACUGUCAUGCAAUGCUCAUGUUUUAAACAAGAUAUGCCUAUAUACCAUUCUCACAUGCAUGCAUAGCUGUAAACAACUUUCAAGAUGUGAACAUGCUAAAUCCUAUAUGCCAUGAAGUAUACAAGCAAGAGAACCUCGCGAAUUCCACUUUUCGAUCUUUAUAUUUUUUUCUAGUAAACUCCAUCAUUACCAUUUAGAGAGGGAUGCAGUGGCAGGUCCUAAUUAAGCAAACAACAUAUAUUGUUCAUCUUGCCUUUAGUUCGUUUGAAAAAAAAUAGAACGUUUAGGUAUAGUAGUACACUAUGUGAAUUAUGGACCAGAGUAACAUGAAAUAAAUAUUUUGCAUUGAUUGCUUUUGGUAUUUAAAAAAAAUGUAAUUGUUUUUUUUAAAUCAUACUAUGAAGUACACUUUAGGAACUUGUCUCGUUAUGUUUAGUUAUUUAUGCCUUCCUUUGAUUUUGAAAAUUCUUCCAAUGAUAAUUCUUACAUUUUUAAACAUUGUCAUCUUCUUUUUAAUACUCAGUUUGGUUUCUUUUUAAAUACAAUUGGUCUUACUCUUAAACCUCAACUGGAGGCGAUCCUUUAUCUGCUGUCAUAGUCAUCUCAUCUUGACUAUAUAGAUCGUAUUUUAUCUUUACAAUUUUAAAUAGAUCACUGGUUUUUUAAGCGCUGCUGUAUUUUGAGAAUGUUUUGUGUGAAACCAACCGAAAAAAUGUGAUGUGCAAAGUAUGGUAUAAAUGUUUUAUCGUUCUUAUUGUAUAUAAACCAGACAGGAUGUAUAUAUUCUAGUAUACGGUAGAGUGUCUUAAGAUCAAUUUUCAUGUUCGGAAGUUUGAUUUUGUCAUAUUGGUAUACAAAGUCUUUAGCGGUGAUCGGAACAUUGUAAUAUUUCAGACAUUUUUUUCUAAUGAAAUAUAAAGCAAAGAUCAAAAAGCUUUCUAAA